AGUUAUCUCACCAAAAAUACUAUGCCCACCUCGAGGUGUGCUGCCAGACUAUUUUCACUCACCAAAGUACUCUGCCCUCACACUGCUUCUCUCACUCGUCCUCCCAUACAUCCAGCCAGGCCAUAUGCCACUAUCCUUGCCUCAUCGCAAAAUCUCCAUCAACCCCCCAGUGAUCAUGCCGGCCCCAACAAUACAACUCGUAAUCAGAAUAUAACACUUCGAUCUUACCAGGAAGCAGCCAUUUCCGCAUGUCUUGAUGCCCUCCAAUCAGGAUCACGCCGCCUAGGUGUUUCUUCCCCAACUGGUAGUGGCAAAACCACGAUAUUCUUGUCCCUUAUCCCUCGAGUGCCGUUUUACGCUUCCCGUGGGAACGACAGUCAUCCAAGAGAUGGAAAGGGACAAACUUUGAUAAUCGUUAAUAGCGUUGAGCUGGCAGAACAGACUCAAAAGUCAGCAGAAAGAUUACUAGGUGAUGAGUGGACAAUCGAGAUAGAGCAAUCGAAAAGAGUAGCCUCAGGGUUGGCGGAUGUGACAAUAGCGACAUAUCAAACUCUUAAUAACCCUGAUAGGCUAUCCAAGUUUGAUCCUUCAAAAUUCAAGCUUGUCAUCGUCGAUGAAGCCCAUCAUUCCGCUGCCCCUUCUUAUCUCCGGCUUCUCCACUACUUCAACGAAGAUGUAAAGAUUCCCAAAUCACCUCAAGCACCUUCACCUCAUCUACAUGGUUUCAAAGUUCCCAUCAUCGGAUUUUCAGCUACCUUUUCGCGUGCGGACCAGCAUUCGCUCCAUUCUGCUUUCGAGGAAAUCGUUUUUCACAGGGAUAUGAAAGAUAUGCUGAGCGAAAAACAUUUAGCUCCAGCUAAACUGACAAUCGUCAAAGCAGACUUGGAACUGGACGAGGUGGAAACGUCAAGUGGAGAUUUCAAGAACGCCGCAUUGGCUCGAAAGGUGAAUACAACAGAGAUUAAUGAGCUCAUUGUAAGGACAUACCUUCACCGUGCUUCUGAACGUCGCUCAACCUUGGUAUUUUGUGUCGAUCUCGAACACGUCAGUGCCCUCACCCAAACGUUCCGUAGCGCGGGCAUAGAUGCGCGUUCAGUAUCUUCCAAAUCGAAGCCUGAAAUGAGAAAAGCGACCAUAGCCGCUUUUGGAAAGGGCGAGUUCCCGGUACUGAUCAACUGUGAGGUCUUGACUGAGGGUACAGAUAUUCCUCAGAUUGAUUGUAUCCUUCUUGCCAGACCUACACAAAGUAGGAAUCUCCUCGUACAAAUGGUCGGGAGAGGCCUUCGAUUGAGUCCCGAGUCCGGCAAGACGGAUUGUCACAUCAUAGACUUGGUAGAUAGCGUGGCGAAUGCUAACGGGCUCAUUGUCACACCGACCUUACUCGGUCUUUCACUGGACGAGAUGGAUGUCGAAGAUCACGGUCGCGAAUCAACUGAGAAAGCAAAGCCUCAAGAUGAAUUAGAAACAGUUCCUCCCAUAGCUCCCGACUAUGAUAUUACUUAUCUGGACCAAGAUGAUCCAUUCCAUGUUGAUGUAUUUGCACAACCUGUCAUUCAAAAGGUCUCCAAAAACGCUUGGGUUUCAUGCGGUAACGGGAAAUAUGCUCUCGAACUCAUUGGCAGCGGAACUAUCAUCGCAACUCGAAACGAUCCGCAACUCUACUCCAUCAGCUACCGUCCCAACUUACCUCACGAACUCACACCGUUAGGCAAAGGCAGAUCACCAUACGGCAGCGUGAGAGUAGUAGGGCAUGCACCUGAUUUGGAGAGGGCAUUGCAGGCCGGGGACAAGUUUGCGGAGAAUAAGUUGGGUAGGGGGAGGUGCUUAGCAUUGUCGAGAUAUGCUCCUUGGCGUCAGAGACUGGCAAGUGAAAACGCCGUCAAGCACCUAUUGAAACGUCUAGGGGAGGACAAUGAUUCGCUUCUUAACGGUCAGGGGAAGGAGAGAGUGAUCAGUUUAUGGGGCAAGAAAGUGUCUGUGGGAAGCUUAACGGCGGGAGAGGUAUCUUCUUGGUUAUGUGCCAUGAAGAACGGUGCCAAGAGCAUCAGGAUAGCGAGAGAUAAGUCGGAGGAGAAAGCGAGAGCAAAAGCCGAGGCUAAGGCUGAGAAGGAAAGACAGCAACAGCUGAGAAACUUGCCUCUCCCACCUUCAACAUGACGAAGGCAUCGUACGUCUCUUUUGCCAAAAAAAACAAGAACAAAAUGUGCAUACCCUGCAAUCACGAUACCCCACCAUUUAGCAUUGAUACCCAGUACAUAUAUCCACACACAGACACACCUCAUAGAUUCCUAGAUGCAAAGAGAUAG